GUCAGACCAGCGGAGAGCGCGGGAAGGCAUGAGAGAUGCCGCGCAUGUCCGGACGUGCAGCCGCUCGCUUAAAGGUGGUGGAUCGCCAAAUUUCGUUGUUUUUGCGCUCUCCAAAGUGUAUUUUCGGAAUCAGCGCGUCGAAAUUACCCAGUGACUGGGCUCACCGUCAUCAGAAACCGGGGUCCUCUGCCGCUCAAUCAACAGCCAACUUCUACUCAUCCAAACUCAUCUAAAUCAAAGGAGUAUGUUGAGUGAUAAGUAGGAUUAUGAUGCGGAAGUUGUACUUCCGAUGUUUGUAGUGUAUUUUUAAGCAAAUGGUUUGAUUAUGAACACGAUUCCACUCUAC